CACACACAGCCGCUAAGCUUCCCUCUUCUCACGUAUUAACCAUUGAGUCUUCCGCUUCUUCAGGGACGUCGCUGCGGUUUACCCUUUUCUCGCUUUAGACAGAAUCUCUACCUAGCCCAGGCCGGCACUUGGACCCUGACUUACUUCACACCAACCUAGUUCCGCUCACCUGCUUAUUGGCCUUUCCCGGCACCGAUCCGAGUAACCAUCGAUCCUGCUCCCACCACCGUCGGAUAGCCAGUCACCAGGCCCUGUGAUAUUCUCCUACCCACACUAGUGCUCCGCCGCCCUGGCCUCCCAAUUCUAAUAUAGGCACGGGGGGAAGAAACCUUUUCUCUCACCUCAACUCUUUCACCCCACCAUACUAUUGGCAAUGCCUACUAGUACAGACCCUCAAGCACCGUUGCGAAAGCGCAAGAGAGCUAGGACCGUCAUUUCCUGCACUGAAUGCCAUCGAAGAAAGCAAAAGGUCGGUUUUAUGACGCAAAAGACAUGCGUUUCAAUUUUCACUCCACGAGUGCUGACGAUUGCUUACUCUUGACUGCAGUGUGAUAGGCAACAACCGUGUGGAAACUGUACCCUUAGAUCGGCUUCGCACUUGUGCCAUUACGAGAGCAAACCGAACGCUACGAAUAGCAACAGCAAUAGCAUUAGUUCAAACAACUCACCGAUCAGUCCCAAUGACUCGAAUAGAAGCUUGAAGGGCGGGUCUCCCGACUCCACUGGGGAGUUAUCGCUGGCACAGGUGAAGGACAGCACGGGUAGAUUCGGCUACGUCAGGGGGAGUGGGCAUACUGCGCUGAACGUCCUCGAGAAGGUAUGGCAGCUGCGAGCCCAAGAAGCCAAGUCUACGCAAGCAUUGACAAAUCUGUUCUAGCUUGAUCUCGAAGGUGGCAACUGGGCAAAGCCCAACAUGGAACUCGUUGAGGUCUCGGAAUGUGUCGAGCUCCACGCGUACACAAAAUACAUUCGCCAGAUUCCUCCUCGACCAUAUACGCAGUUACUUGUUAAAGUAUUUUUUUCAGAGUGCAACUGGAUUUACGGGACACUCCAUGAGGCGACGUUUAUGGCGCACCUGAACGAGUGGUUUGAGAUUUGUGCGGCAAAGGAUUCCCCACAUUCACCUGUCAAAAAGAAGAUUUUGUCGCAGUUCCCAGCCUUGUUGUUACAGGUGCUCGCUAUUGCCCUGCAAAUGCUCCCGCGGGAGCACCACAAAUUUAUGGGGCAGCUGAAUUUGGGAAAAGAGAAUUUCUACACGCUCAGCGCUACCUACAGCAGUACCGCCUGCGAGCUUGCUAGCUUGAUUUCGGCGAGCAGUCCUACACUUCCUAGGGUCCAACAGUGGUUCCUGAGGAGCUCAUGGCUCAAGAGUGAGGGGAGGGCGGUUGAGGCGUGGCACGCGCUCGGACAGGCAAUUAGGGAGGCGCAAGAGAUGGGAUUGCACAGGGAGCAGCCACGAAAACCGCCAAACAGCCAGGAAAAUAUUGCAUGCAUUUGGAACAGGGAGAUGGAAAAAAGGGUUUGGGUUAAUCUUUACGUAUGGGAUCGGUGCGGUGAUCUCUUCCACUUGAUUUGAUUUCUUGAUUUUUUCUUUCUUUCUAAUGUGUUGGUUUGCAGAUUUAUGGCAAUGAUUCUUGGUCGCCCAACAAUGAUCAACGACCGCCAUUGCGACGUCACACCGCCUCUGGACUGCGAGAUACCUUCGGACCUGACUAAGCCCCCGGUUCCAAGGGGUCCGCUCGACCCGCCCACUCCGUUCACGGAGAGACUCCUGGAUUACCAACUUGCCAAUAUCGUCAAUGAGAUCGACGAAAUGGAGGUUAAAGUGGACAAACCUCUUAACCUCGAUUUCUCGUCGAUCGAUUUGAUGCACUCGAAGAUCUUAUCUUUCACGGAGUUCUUCCCCCCAGCGCUUGCGAUUCAGAAUCGAGACACAUCCUACGACAAUCAUCAUCCGUUCCUCGCGGCCCAAACCGAGCUCCUAAAAGCCUCAGCUUUUUGCCUUGUUGUCGGGCUUCACAGGCCGUUCGUGUUUACCCGGGAUCGUUCCAAGCAGGAGCUUGUGAAGGCGUCACUCGCGAUAUUGGAUUCGCAGACUCGCGUUUUCCAAAUGACGAAGGAGCAUCACCACACCAUCUAUACUCUAUGCUUUUUCACAUUUGAUCCGGCAGUUUUGGUUGCUGCAGUGAUAAUAACAUCGCCCGCGUCACUCGACCCUGAGAUCAUCGAUGCAUGCAUGGAGGCCCUGCGCGAGGGCCAAAAACGUCUGGAAAUCCUCGGCCAGCGCAUCAAACUUGCCGAGAAAGGAGCCGCAGUGCUCAAGGUUUUGAUAUCCAAGGCCGAGUCGGCAAUCAGUAGCGUGCAGCGAAUCGACGGCAUGAUGAACCGAACGAGGAUCUCGUCCCAGUCAUCAACGACUCAAUCAGACACCACCGACACGUCCUCGAACUCCCCAUUCUCAACUACCUGCGCCCAGUCACACUCGUCGCCCGCUUCGUCUGUAUCUUUUCCCGGAUCCCUGUCACACUCCCCUGCGAUGAUGCCUAGCCAAAUCAGGCUCCAUCCGAGCGACAACCCAAUGUGCAAGCCCGAGCUCAUGAGCGACUUUGAUUGGGCCACAUACACGAAUUCAGUAGUGCCCCACAGGGAUCUCAUGUCGAUGGACCUUGAGGAGUUCUUUGCUAUGCCAGAAAUGGUUGCAGGAAAUAUGGACCAGGCAGGGCACGCCCACGUUCAGGUCCAAGCUCACCAAUCCCAACAGCAAGAUCUGUACUACGGCGGAGGCUGUGCCGUGGAGGAGCAGCAGAUCAUGGGCAGUCCGGGAGGAGUUCAGGGAGACGGGUUUUGGCAGAAUUUGUUGAAUGUUCAGUUUCAAUGACAGUCGUUCUUUUCUAGACAUGUCUUUUCCCCUUCUAGCGUUAUAAAUUGGGCUUUCGCGUUUUCCGUCUAUUGCCUAUUUAUUAUUCUCCUCCUUAUCUCUUUUCUUUUGCUGUUUGAGGCGUAGUUUAAAUUCGUUGGUUCAUUAGUGGGGCAGUGGGUGGAUUAGAAAGGGUUGUUGUAUAUCUCUGUUUUCCGGUGUUGUCUUGUUCUUCCCAGUACCCUUGCCUGCAGUUCUCAUUAGUCCUGCUUAUUACCUUCCUUCUCUCUUUCUCACCCGGGUAUAGUUGUCCUCAGUUCCUUUAUUUAAAUUGGUGGGCUCCGGCUUUUUCACUCCUCUUCGUGUUUAUUAUUCUAUUCCAUUCUGUUCUAUCUUUUCUUUUUUUUACAAUCGGGGUAUUUGAUUUCCUUUUCCAGACUUCAUGGCAGUGAUGUGUCCACGAACUCCUAUCAUUUCCCUCUCGGACGAUCCCAGAAAAAGGAAGGAAAGAAAGAAAGCCAACAUGUAUGCACGAGCUAGGCCAACUCACUCACCAUGUGUUGUCCAUACUUUUACCAGCCAUUGACAAGGACGUCAACGGAAGUGGAAGUUGAAGUUGGCGAUUACGCCGUCACGACUGGGUAGCCACGGCCAAAUAAGUUAAGGUGGUAUAACCAGAAGUGAACUUCCCACAACCCGCCGGAAGGACACAGGGCGGAC